AUGUUGGCAUUCUUGGCUGUAGGAUUCUUUGUCCUGGUAUCUGUGAAAGGGGCAGAAGUUUGCUACAAAAGAAUUGGAUGUUUUUCAGAUGUCAAACCAUGGUCUGGUACAAUAGAAAGACCAAUUGUUAUAUUACCAUGGGCUCCAGAAGCUAUUAAUACCCGAUUCCUCCUGUACACCAGAAACAACCAAAACAGCUAUCAGUCACUAAGUGCAAUAAACCCAUCCACUAUCUCUUCAUCAAAUUUCCGUACCACCAGGAAGACACGUUUUGUGAUCCACGGCUUUCUCGACAGUGGGGAGUCAAAAUGGCUGUCAAAUAUUUGCAGGAGGCUGUUGCAGAUGGAAGAUGUUAAUUGUAUUGCUGUAGACUGGAGAAAUGGUUCACAUGCUCAGUAUCCACAAGCAGUCAACAACAUUCGUGUUGUGGGGGCAGAAGUAGCUUAUUUUGUUAAAAUACUAUUGAGAAACUUUGGUUACUCUCCUUCCAAUGUCCAUUUGAUUGGCCACAGCUUGGGGGCACAUGCGGCAGGAGAGGCUGGCAAGAGACAAAUAGGCAUCUCCAGAAUCACAGGUCUGGAUCCAGCAAAACCUUACUUCCAAGACACCCCAAAAGAAGUACAUCUGGAUCUGUUUGAUGGAGUCCUGGUAGAUGUACUUCACACUGAUGCUGGUCCUUGGAAUCCUGAUUUGGGAUUAGAAAUAAGCCAAAUUAUUGGUCAUCUGGACUUUUUUCCAAAUGGAGGGAUUCAGAUGCCCGGGUGUCUAAAGAAUACAGAAAUUCUAAAAGUUAGCAUUGAAGAUGUAUUCAAUGGAGUUGCAAGCUUUGGCUCUUGUAACCAUAUGCGUGCCAUCAUUUACUACACAGAGAGCAUCACCAACUCCAGCAUUUUUACUAGCUAUCCCUGUUCAAGUUAUGCAACAUAUCAAGCAGGUAGCUGCAGAAGUUGCCCCAGAGCUGGUUGCCCUAAAAUGGGUCAUUAUGCUGAUCAGUACCGAGGAGUGACAGCUUCUAGCCAAGUGUUUUAUUUAAACACACCAUGA